GCCGCGCUGCUGUCAGUCACACAGCAGAGCCUCCGGAUAGAUUAGGCUCCAUUUGCCAGAACUAAAGAGUUACUGAGCAUCAAGAAGGAAGCUUUCUGCAACCGGAGCACAACGCGCGCGGCGCACACUCACCCACCGGCUCCGGUAAACCGUGAGAGCGUCCCAAACGUACAGCGUGACGUUACAAUCUGCGCCUCCUCACACAGAGGUGGAUUCUCUGAUCGAACGUGAAGAACGCCGUCAGUCGACAUGGAACAGACGAGUCCAGCACCGACAUCGUGAGAGCAGAGAUCUGAUCUGAGGUGAAGGGGAGGCCAGAGGACCCCCGUCAGCCUGAUGACCUUCACCCCGGAAGCAGGACCAUGAUCUGAAGAGUGCGCCAUACGCCAAACCCUGAUCUUCCUCUUCCUCCUUCUCCCCGUCUUUUUCUUUUUUUUUUUUUAAACUCUUUUAAAUCCACUUGGAGACGUUCGUCCUCGAGAGCGCACGGCAAGCAGACAUCUUAAAGAGGAAGAAACGCGACCACAGCCAUCCCUGACUCCGCCCCCACCGCCACACCGGAACCAUGGGGAGGAAAAAGAUCCAGAUCCAGAGGAUCACUGACGAACGCAACAGACAGGUGACAUUCACUAAGAGGAAGUUUGGCCUGAUGAAGAAGGCGUACGAGCUGAGCGUUCUGUGUGACUGUGAGAUCGCCCUCAUCAUCUUCAACCACUCCAACAAACUGUUCCAGUACGCCAGCACCGACAUGGACAAAGUCCUGCUCAAGUACACCGAGUACAACGAGCCGCACGAGAGCCGGACCAACGCCGACAUCAUCGAGACGUUGCGAAAGAAAGGCUUUAACGGCUGCAACAGCCCCGAGCCCGACGGCGACGACUCCAUCGACCAAAGCCCGCUAAACGAAGACAAGUACCGCAAGACCGAGGACCUGGACAGCCUCUUCAAACGCUACGGCUCCACAGUCCCACAGCAAACCUUCUCCAUGCCAGUCACCGUGCCAGUAUCCAAUCAGAACGCGGCGGCGGCGGCUGCAGCCCUCCAGUUCAGCAACAACCCCGGCGGCGCCCUGGUCACCACCACCUCCUUCGUCACCUCCACCCUCCAAGACCCACGCCUCCUGUCGCCACAGCAACCGACUCUGCAGAGGAACACCGGGUCGCCAGGGUUACCACAGCGACCAGCCAGUGCAGGAGCUCUGCUCGGAGGCGACCUGGGGAACUCCAACGGGGCGUGCCCGAGUCCAGUCCCUAACGGCUACAUUAGCGCCAGGGCCUCCCCGGGCCUC